AUGCUGGAGCCGGUGGUGUCUGACUUCUGCUCUGUUUCUGGCUCUCACCUUCACUCCGACUUUGCGAAGCACUGCUCUGGCAGUGUCUACAUCUUCAUAAUGCUGACCAGGCAUCUGGAGACCAGGGAGGGAGUGGAGGCAGAAGAGCCAGGCCCCGGAGCCAGGCGCAGCUCCGAGGACACCACAGCCAGGGUCCCCUGCGAGGAGUACUGGGCAGAACAGAUGCUGGGUGUGCACAAGCCUUCCCGAGCUCUGCAAGAAGCCAGUGGCAGGAAAGCAUCAGCACCAGCCUCCAACAUCCAGCUUCAGGAGAUGAAGGCACCAGCCGGCCAGGAGGAGCCAGGACCUUCCCAAGAAGCAGCGUGCCUUCCGAACAUCCCUGCAGAGAAGGCGAGAAUACAGGAAAAACGACAUGCCAGCGGCAAGGUGGAGCAGACACUCAGCGAUGGCCGCAUGAUUGUCACCUUCCCCAAUGGCACCAGGAAGGAGACCAGUGCGGACAAGAAGACGACCACCAUCAAGUUUUAUAAUGGUGAUGUGAAGAAGAUCAAGCCUGAUCAGCGAGUGAUUUAUUACUUCUCGGAUGCUCAGACAAUAUACACGACCUACCCUGAUGGUGUGGAAACUGUACAGUUUCCUAAUAAGCAGACUGAAAAAUUCUACCCUGACGGCUCCAAAGAAACUGUUUUUCCAGAUGGGACAGUGACCAGGCUCAAGCCUGGCUGUGAGGAGACUGUGUUUCCUGAUGGGACAAUCAUACGCGUGAAAAGGAAUGGCGACAAAACCAUCGUGUUCAGCAAUGGACAGAAAGAAAUCCACACAGCCCAGUUCAAGAGGAGGGAAUUUCCUGAUGGUACCAGCAGGACCGUGUAUUGCAAUGGCUGCCAGGAGACCAAGUACAGUUCAGGGAGGAUCAAAGUCAAAGACCAGACUGGAAGGGUCAUCCUGGAUCAGAAGCAGAAAUAGAACA